AUGGUGCUCUCACUCAUCACCCUGGCGGCCACAGUGCCAUUGCUCGCAACAUCGACAAUGCAGUUAUCAGAUCAAGCAAACAACACUUCCAGCCGAGGCGAAACAGAGAUCAAGACACAAAAAUGCAACUUUUCUGUUAGGGCGUCGAGGAGGAUGAGCCCGAAAAGAAGGCAAGAGCUCGCGGACAGGGUGCUAGUCCUCAGAGACGGCCGGCUUGUUCUUGACCAUAAGCUAUACGGGGAUUACCAUCCGUUUACUGCAUACUUCCUACCGUAUCCUGAAAAGUCAUACGAUGGACUUGUUACGACCGUCAAUGACGAAAACUUCCUAAACUGGGUGUAUAUCGAAUCAUCAACACAUCGUGUCAAACACGGCAUCCGCGCAGAAGCAGAACCCCAACUGACCGGACCUAUGGGACUAGUUUUCUCCAGAGAUGGCGAGAAACGCCUGUCCUUUGAAGGAUGGGAAGGGUUUGUGGUCGUGGAAGAAGAACCUGGUCAAUGGGCAUUAUACUUUGACAGGGACGAUAACGGUCUAGGAGACAAAGCUCAUGGCAAACCUGUCAUUGAGGUGGAGCUGAUUCGCCUGGAUCACAAAGAGAAGGCCGGCCGCACAUAG